GUGUUAUUUGUAAAGAAUUCCUGACCCAUGACAAUGAUAAAAUGCGAACCAGAACACUUUCACAGGAGGCAGGCAACCUGAGUUCUGUCUGCGUCUGAUCGUUGUUGAGAUUAUAUCCAAGGCAUAUGAACAACUAAGCAGAGUUCUUUGCUCUCACAGCAUAGGACAGAUGUAGAAAGGAAGGCUGUGAAUUUACUUAGUGCCCUCACCUCUCAUAAGAAGUGAAGGCUGCAAAGGAAUUGUAUUCAGGAGAGGAAGAAGCUUCUACAUAUAGUUGAACAGCAUCUUGAAUUUCCUUUUUGCUAAGAUGUUUCUGCUAGCUAGGUAUACUCAUGUAUUGGUCAGUGAAGAUGAUAAAAUAGAAGGAUUACUUAGUGGGUACUGAAAAGACCCCCGAACGAUUAGACUUUUUUCCAUCCUUCUUUGCAGAGGUUAUCUCCUUUAGCCUGGACAUCGUGAUCUUUCUCUUAAUAGAGAAACGGAACUAGUUGACUCAAGAUUCAGAAUACCUUCACUUUUCAGGAGCUGGUGGGGUUUGAUUGUUUUUCCUGAAUGUACUUUAUUUCUUUUAACAUGACUGAUAUGUUUUGAUGGUCCCAUCUUGGGCAAGGAAAGUAGAAACCACUUUGUACAAAAAUUCUGAGCUCUGUCUGGUUAUACUGAUGCAGUUUUUAUUCAGUGGUGUUUUUGGUAAGUCAUACUGCAUUAUUUGCUGGCUUCUUCUUAGACCUCUAGGUAAAAGACAGUUAAGCUAGAACACCAUUCAGGAGUAAGUUCCUUAAACUUAGUGCAGAGCAUUUAAAAAUAUUUGUGGGUGGCUUAAUCGAUAGUAUGCUAAUACGUUGAAAUAAACAAAAAAUUACCUUUUAGUAAUUAACAGUCAGUUGAUUAUUUUUUUUUAGUUUUCCCUUUUAGUUCAUUUCUAUGACAUGUCUUUGAAGAUAAUAGUAUACCAAUUUCAAUUAACUUCAUUAUAGAGAGUAGUUGUCCUGGGAUAGAGUCGACAUACUUGUUAUAUGAGUAUACAGCUUGACUUGGAAUCACUAAUUGGCCCUUAGAGAACUGUGGUCAUCUUUAAUGGAUAAAGGCUUCUUCAGAGCUGUAUCUCUGUAUACGGCUUUAGUUGGAAGAUGAAUGCUCUACAGUAGCAUUCCCUGACUUCCUUCAACCCUGGGAAGUAUCAGCUAAAUAGAAGAUGCCCCUGGAAGUUAAGUUUCAGAUUUUCUUUUUUUAACUUUUCAGAAUGUCAACUAAGUAAUAACUUCGUUUUGUUUUUGUUUUUGGUAUAUCGGCCAUCCCAGGGCUGGCCAUGGAGUAGACAUUCAUGUACUUUAGUUAACAAAUGUUUUUGCUAAAGUUGGGUUGUACUAAAGUAUUCCACCCUUAUUUUGUGUGCUAAUCCAUAUAUAAUAAGGAAGUAAUAGAGUGCAUGCGGUAUUCUUAGGUUUCAUUAAUACAUUUAAUUGCUUAACCUUUAGAAAUAGGAGUAAACGAAAACCAAAUUUUAGCUGAACUAUCUUUUGUUCUGGACAUUGUAAUCAAAUUUCAGUAGAUGCACUUUAGGAAUUUAAAUAAGGCCUUUGUGCUGAGGCACAAGUCAGUGCAAAGGAGAAUCACAUCCAAGUCUUUACUCUGAAAAUACAGAGGUUAUAUGAGUUCCUCACUGGAUAAUCAUUAUGGCAGAAUUAACUUUUCAAGUACUUGUGGAGCUGAUGAGAUUUACUAGCUUAUAUUGUCAUCCACUGUGUAACUCUUCCCCAACAUCUGCCUGCAGGAAGAAGACAGGUAGGAUGCCCGUGGUAGCUGGAAGGCUGAGAGAUCCUGACAUAAAUCCUUGCUUGUUGGAAUCUGAUGCUUCUACCAGAUGUAUGGAUGAAUAUAACUAUGACAAAGAAAGGUGUUCCGCUCACUUCUUGAAGUACAAAAACUGCCGGAAGUUCUGGAAUUCUAUCAUGAUCCAGAGAAGACGGGAUGGAGUGAAGCCGUCUAUGCCUACAGCAGCAGAGAGAGACAUAAUCUUGCAAGCAAUGGGCAAGAUGCCCUAUUGAGUGUUUGCAUUAAAGUGGUUUAUUUAACUCAGAA